AAACAUUGAUCAAUUGCUUCUUGCAUGUGCCCCAACCUGGGACUAGGCCCACAACCCAGGCAUGAAUCGAACUGGCAACCUUUCUGUUUGAAGGACAGCUUCCAACUGACUGAGUCUUACUAGUCAGGGCUAAAGUCUUUACUUUUAACCAUAUAUGUUAUUUCAGUGGGUGAUAUUUUUAAAGGUUGUUUUACUUUAUUUUUAAGAAAGCUUUUCAAGGCUAUCUUCUAAUUUAUAAAAUGGAAGGAUCUUAAUCCUUUAAAUCAUUGGUGUGAGAAAUGAUGUAUGGUUCAAUAGCCCCAGGGCAUGGUUAUAAUCUACUUAUACAGGCUUUACUACAUUCUUUUUAACCUUUCUUUUGGUUUCUAAAUUAAGUACAUGAUAACUUGUCAUAAUUUCAGCAAGUUGUUAAUAAUGAAACUUCCCAGAGCACUGAACUAUUUUACCUGAAGAAUCCAGUAUUAACAUGUGGAAUGGUCUUUGUGGUUUUGUGUCAUUGCCAGAAGGUAAAAUUGCCAAAGAGAACUAUAAUAGUUACAAAUAACUUUUUAAAUUAAAAAUAAAUCCCUAACUUUUCUCUCCUUAAAAUCGGAGACUCUGGUUUUGAAUUAAAAGAGCACACUGUAAAGUCAUAGGAGGUAAAACCAUUCUCCCUUCCAAGUGCAGUUUAAUUGCUUGGUUCCCUCCCCCACCCUUCUCAAUUCAAACUUUGGCUUCAAUUUUGGUGGCUGGGAUUUCUAAGUCACUGAAGCGUGAUCUGCUAAAAGUGCAGAUGAGGCAAACAGAAACAGCACACUAGGAAUGAGGUUGUUUUGGAGAGGAAGAAAAGUGCUGUUGCAAAAACAUCAAAAAACUCACCAGGAAAAGCAAAAUGUGCUGUACUUCAUAGGAAACUGUAUAUUUAGAAAGGAAGCAAAAUUCUAUUUGGUACUUGUACCACCCUUAGUGAUUGAUGGUUUUUAGGUGAAAGCAAUGAUAAACAGACCUAUCCUCCAACCUUUCUUUAAAACUGUCAGAAAGAGUUUCAUCCAGAGUAAAUGUAGCUGAUUUCCAAAGUCUGUGCUUAAAGGCAUUCAAUUCUAACCUUGUCUAGAAAGCAAACCAGAUGAUUAUAGGAGCCUCCUUCAUGAUCAUUUUUUUUUUCUUGGUUAAGAAAGUUUUAGACUGCUAAAUAUGGCUCCAGUUUUAUUCUUGAGUAAAUGUUAUUCUACAUUUUGUGCCAAAAUUUUUGCUUGCUAAACCCUUGUGGAUUCAGCUGCUGGGUUCUGAGUACAUACUGGAUAUAUCUUACAUGUAAUAGUAUUUGCUAUGGACGAACUGUAGAAAUUUCCUCAUCCCUGGAAACAUCCCAUCUCCCUUGUUGCAGAUGAUAUUUUUGCUUAAUAUCUAGUUAUAUUUUAUCUAGUUAUAUUUUAUAACUAGAUAUUUAUAGUACUGAAUUGAUUUCUGUUAAGGUUACUAUACUGUUUAGGGUUUAACUUUCAUCAGAGUGGAUUUUUGUUUUUGUUUGCUUGCUAAAUUGAAGGAAUGAAUUAUGUCCAUAGAGAAAGUCAGUUGUAUCUAGUAGUAGUCUUCAACUAUUUUCCUUCCUACUAACAUUUCUUCUUCAGCUUUGAAACCACUGUGGAUUUAAUAUAACUGAAAAUUCUGCUGUAUGGCUACUGACCAGAGGAAAAUGAAAGAGGGCUAUUUAUACUUUCUCACAGGCUUGAACACUGAAAGGGGAAGACACAAUGCUAGCAAUGGUAUAUGUCGGCAGUUAAAAGGAUCUUUGUUUUUUAUGUUUGACUUUUGUAGUAACGUUAAAUGCAGUCUGUAAAUAUAAGUGACUCUUAAUAUGUCAGUUUAUCCUUAAACAGAGAAAAGUUACCAAAAAUAAUUUUUUAAAGAGUUAUUUUUGGAGGGAGAAGAGCCCAGUCCCUGUCUUUAUAACUUUUCUUGAAAUCAGAUUUUUGUGUGAGUUUAAAAGUGGAAAUAUGGUUUUUAAUGUACCCAUAAAAUUUAAGGGCAAUGAAACUUAACCUUUUUUUUAAUACUUAACUCACUGUGACAUAUUUUCCUUUAAUACUCAUUACAAACCUUGAGAUAAAUCAUGUAUCAUAAAUGAGGAAAUUUAAGGUUAGAGAGUUUACACAGACUUGCUCAAGGUCACAGGUGUAGUGGGUAGUGAAGUCUGGAUUUUUUCCUUUUAAAAGCUAUGCUUUUUCUUAUACUACUCUGUCCUCUUCCAGGUCAGUAUGCCAGGCAUGUCACACUUUUGUCUUAAGAUUUUUUCCUUUUGGUAAAAUGUUUAAAUUUAAUACAUGUAUAUAACAUCUUUCUCUUACAGCUUUGUUUUUAACAGUUAUUUUAGUUGUAAGCGAGUAGAGGCAGGUAUUAUUAUCCCUCAUUUUAUAGGGAGAGAGUAUAAGUCAUGAAGUGACUUGACCCAGAUGAUAGAGCAUGAUGUUGAUGGAGUCAGGAAAUUAAGCGAAUUUACUGCCUCACCCUCCACAGUUUAUUUCAUGAGACAGUAUAUUGCUAAUAAAACAUUUUUAAAGUGUGUAACUUAACCCAGUCACAAAUGCAAACCAUUCAUUCAGUCAUAAACAUCAAGUGUGUAACAUGUAUAUUUAUUGCAUCUUGGUGUAAUAUUUUAUAUAUUUAGCGUAUUGUCCAGAGUCCCUUUACAGAUUAUUUUUGGAGAUAGUUAUUGUUAGAAAGAAAUACUAGUGAAUUACGAAUAAUUUCUAAAAGAGAAGAUCCUGUAUUUUCCAAAAUUUUAUGAAUUAAUAGUGUAAUUUUACACAUUGACUAACUAGGUGGCAUUUAUCAAUUCCUAUUUAUUUUAUUACUUAGAUAGACGUACUGUAUGUUUCUUUGUCCGUUGUUUAACUCAUUGAGGAAACCUUGUGAAGACAGGGCUUGUUUUCAAACAUCCAUUUUGACCAGUUUGUUUCUAUUUGUUGUCUUCUCUGAUGACCAUUUAAAAUAUUUGAUUUUUUCUAAAGACAAAGUUUAUCUUUUAAACAUAUAUAUAUAUAUUCUUUUGUACCUAGAGGUUUUACCAUGAAGUGGAUUUUAAAAAAUUGCAGUAAACAAGUGAAGAGUUCCUGUUUACUUGGCUGUUGUUCACUGCCUUCCAAGGAUCUGUGUGGUUUGUAGAGGAAAGUGGAGUAAGGCUAAAAAUACUCCUCUAGUUGAAGUUAGGUCUAAAAUACAUUUCUCUGUAGUGUUUCCCUUACAAAUCAGUGUCCUUUUUAAAAUUUUUUAAUUUGAAAUUUAUUUUUCAAUUAUAGUUUACAUUUUAAGUUACUAAUUAACUAGAAAACGAAUGUUGACAAGGUCAAAUUAAAGGACAGUAGUCUUCAUCCUAAAAUGAAAAAUCCUAAAGAUCUUUUUCUUGAGUCAACAAUUAUGGAUGACCUCACUCUGAAUGUCAUUGGACUUUAGUCAAAACUGAUAGGUUCAUUGAUUAACUGGUAGUCUCUCUGUUUUCCUCUUUUUUUUAUUGUUUUUGGAUUACUAGUGAAAAAAACUAUCAUAAAUUCAUUUUUUUAUGAUCUUGAAAUAGAGUAAUUAUAGCCAGUAAGGGAAUUCUCAAACAAUAACUUUAAAAAACCCUCUUUGUUGCUGACAACCACACCAAAUAGCCUGCUCUGAUUUGAAAUAUUAGGCUAUCUUCUAGAAAUAGGGUUUUGUAAAGAGAAGAAAAAGCCCACUAGGUGUUUCAAACAGAGAAUUUCAUAGAGGGAAUUAGUUACAUAGAUAUGGAGCAGGUUGAAAAAGCAAAAAGAGGAUACCAAUACAGCCCAGAUAUAAUGACGGCAGGAAACACCUGGACCGCCAGGCUUAGAUGGGGGUGGGUCCUGCUGGUCUACAGGGAAGAGAGCCUAGGGCAAGAGCAGACUUACAGGUGCAGCAUCCUCUAAUGCACUGAGCCGCCCUGGAUAGCAAGGGGAAAAAGCUGACUGACAUAAUAGAACAAUGUCAUCUUAUCUAUGUUGAGAGUCCCUUUUUCAGUGGAUAGUCUAUAAAUACUCACCUUAUAAACAUAUAUAGUCACCUUUUGUGUCUAUUCUAAAAGAUCCAUUUCUAUAAUUCUUUCCCAGACUUUCCUUUUAUUCUUUCCAAGUCUUGAUCAGCUAGCCAACCUCUUAACUGUCAAUGUGGAUAUGUACCUCAGGCUGUUUUUUCUUCUAAAUAAAUUGGUCAACCUAUGGCACAAUCUUAAGCUCCCCUCACUGGGAGGCUUUUCUUUCACUGCUGUCCAUUUUUGGUUGGUGCCAGUAUAUAAUAAUACAUAGCCAUUUUUUCUUUCCUAGCCCAAAUGUUUUCUUUCUCAGUUAACUUAGUUAUCUUAUAUAUUGAUGGAAAGUGUACUGUAUAACAACCAGCCUUUUACCCUGACAUACUUCCGACCAUUGGACCACAGACAUGGCAUGUCACCAAGGUGGCAGGCCCAUAUGUUUUUGUGAUGUGCAUUUCCUAGUCUCUAGCAGCAUGUGUCUUGCCAAAGCAUCCACUUUCUUGAUACUUCUGCUCUUCAGGACCAGUCCACAUGGUCAUCGAUGUAAUGUUUGAUGGAGUGUUUAGGUGAUUAAGAUCUUUCCAGACUAGAUUAUUAUGACAAAGAGCCUGAGAGUUUAUAUAAUCUUUAGGAAAAGACAGUCUUUUACCUUGCUGGGUGGAAAGCAAAAUGCUUGUCAUGAUGUUUGCAAGUUUAUAGAGAAGAAAAAGGUAUAUGCAACAUCAUUUGCUUCCUGCUAUGCUUCCCUGAACAAUAAGCCUACCUCCAUGGACUAGGAAACCAGUAUGGGAUGUCCACCAGUUACUAAAUGUGUCUCUUUUAGUUAUACAUUCAGGCUCUGGGGAAAAACCUACACUGUAGGUUGAGAUUGUUUGAACCCAGUGUGAGUGGGUUUGGGCCAAAACCUAACCACCAUAAACUUCCACUUUUAUAUCCCCAGGAAUUAGUAUUAGUUUAGAGUUAGCAUCUAGUAAUCCCCUAAAGAUCUAGAUUUUUUCCUUUUAUCAGUACAUAAACACCCUAGUAAAUGGUUGCAAGUCUCUGAGGGGAGGUCUUACAGGAAAUGUUUACAAUACAUAAAUGUGGCUGUGUUGCAUUGUCUUUGAGGGAAUGAGGGACUUUAUGUCUGAACCAACUUGUGUUUGGAAAGUGGGAGUGACUAUAACUUUCCAUUGUGGUUAGGGAACUUAGAAUUUAGAUGGUCAUGUCUAGGAUUUCUACUGUAUGUAUAUUGACAAAUAAUAUUUUAGUAGGCUGACUUUUAGUUUUGUUCCUUAGAAAUACCAUGUUCAAUUAAACAUUACUAAAGAUCUCUGCAGGUUGAAAUCUUCUGAUUGCCUCUUUUUUGCCCGUGCUCUCCAUUAACUAAUUGCUCCCAGCUUUCUCUUAUUAAAUUCUGCCACUUGACCUCUGCACUCUGAGAUCUUAUCAUGCCCUAGGAAAUCUUUUUCAUGGUGCCAUGUCAUUCCCAACCCAGAGAAGACAGCCAUUACAGGGUUUUUCAAGAAUGCAGAUUUCCUUAACUAAUGUAUUUCUCAGUGCUUUAUUGCAAUGUCCUCUGGGAACUUAUGGAUGAUGUAGAAGGAUGUGUCUAUAAUCAGGUUGUACAUGGUAAAUAUAUUCCAGCAUUUGUAUUUUUCUAAGCAUCUGGAUUUCUUCUACAUUUUGCCAGGAAAGUUUGGGCAUUUCAUCCUCAUUCAUCCUUUGGGACUUCUGUUUCAUUCAGCCAACAAGCAAACUAUUAGAGGUACUUGAGGCUGCUUAAGCAAACAUGUUAUAUUUGGCCUUACCCAAACUCUUGUGGUCAGACUUACUUCAAAUUCAUUUUCAUACCUAAUCCCUAGUUUUGUGCUGAUAUAAUUUAUAAUUCUUUUUGGAUAUAAGCUAUCCUCUCUCAGUUAAGACAUUGUACUCCUUUUCUGGGAGCAUGCCUAGAUCUGAUUAAGAAAUGGUGGGGGUAAGUUUUGAAAGUAGAUAUCCCUUUCAAAGCAACUAUCUCAGGUAUGUGUAUUGACAUUUUUCAGUCAAGAGAAGGGCUAACCUUUUCAGUAUGGGAUGAAGAUCUUUUUCUGCUUACAAAAGAAACUCAGAGGGACUCCUGGGGUCAAGGUUCUAACCAUCUGAGUCCUCUCAGGUAUUCCCAUUUCACAUCUUAGGGGCCCAUUCCUUCUAAAAUAGUGUCUUAACUUUUACAAAAGAGACUUAGAAAGUUGUAUAUUCAAAUUUCAUUGCAAUUAUGCAAGCUGCAAAAUUAAAUUUUGGAUCAAAUUCUCAGCAGGAUCAUGCUCGUGGUUACAGAAAUAAGAAACUUUUCUCAGACAUUCCUCAACUGCUUAGACAUUCUGAACCUACUGCAGAGGAACCUCUAAUCACAGCACCAUGAAUCAAAAUGCUCUUCUUAUUUGCCUUAUCCUUCUGACCCUUAGUGAAGCUCAAGGAAUACCUGUCUCUAGAACUACAUGCUAUACCUGCAUCAAUAUUAGUGAUAAACUUGUUAAUCCAAGUUCCUUAGAAAAACUUGAAAUGAUUUCUUUAAGCUAGUCCUGCCCACAUGUUGAGAUCAUUGCCACAAUGAAAAAGAACAGGGAAAAAAGACAUCUGAAUCCAGAGUCUAAGAUCAUCAAGAAUAUACUGAAAGCACUUAGCAAGAAAAGAUCUAAAAGAUCUUGAACACAGAGAGAAGCAUAAUCCCUGCCCUACUGAUAAGGAUGGACCAUCAUUUCCUUACACAGAGUAUUUGUCAAGUCCAAAUGGGGGUCUCUGGAUUGCAGUACUCCUAAAAGAUGACCAAUCACAGUCACCAAAUCAGCUGUUAUUACUCCUGCAGGGAGUGGAUGCUUCAUCAUCCUGAGGAGUUCAGUAGUAACUGUGCCCUGGUACUUUACUAUAAGCUGUUCUCAGGUGCUACAUUCUUAGUGAAUGUGCCAAGUCCUAGCCUUGCUUUCCUUACCUUUCCUACCUUCUAAAGCUUAUUAAGAGAUCUUUUCACCUCUGGGCUUACCAGAGUUCUUAGAAUCUCAAAUAACUAAAAGGAAUGCAAU